GAAUUCCACAAUGGAGCACCCGGAUUGUGAAUCCAAUGAUGACAGGAAGUGAAAGUGAGAAUGUGGCAACUCCGUCUUUUUAUGCCCCGUGGUGGCUGGCCAAGCAACGCAAACUAUUUCCUACGAUGAAUGAUCGCCGACCCAGAUAUCGUGCACUCCAACCAGGGCCUUGGCCAGCAGCUUGUCACGUUUGAGCACAAAGAUGAGGUCAACAACAAGUUGAAAGUUCAGGACUGUGAUGGUCACUGUAGCUUUGUUGAACGUCUCCUUGACAAUACUCACUUUGAUCGGCGCCUUUUUGAAUUGCUACAUCCUUCUAGUCGUUCUUCUCAGCAAACAGACUCAGACAGCCAACCACAUUUUGCUCCUCCACCUAGGAAUCGUAGAUGUGCUUUUGUGCGCGAUGUUCCUGAUAUUUUCUGCGCCGACUCUAUGGCGGGACUCGAACUGGAUGCCGUGCAACAUCCACGGAUUUCUCUUUACCCUCCUCCACCCUAUUGCCCUGUGGACCGUCUGCGGCCUCAACUGUGAUCGCUACUAUGCCAUCUCAUCCCCUCUUCACUAUGCCGCCCUCGUCAAUCCGCGGAAGGUGGCUGUUGGACUGGGCAUCGCAUGGGUUUUGGCACUUGCAUUUUGUCUUCCACCCCUUUUUUGUAUCGCUCCAUAUUACUUCAGGGCAGAGCUUGGUGCUUGCAUGCCUCAUUUCAGCCUGGGGGAGGGGCUGUCUUUCUGGUACUCGACUGCUUACACUGCGUUCACUCUGAUAUUGCCAACAGCUCUAAUCUUAGGAUGUAAUUUAAAAGUCCUGAUGAUAGCAAGGAACCACCGACAUCGCAUCGCGUCGGCAAUAUUCGAGGUGGCCAUCUCAGCGCAGGUGACCAUCACCCAUCAGAGAAAUCCGUUCUUCCCGCCUCAAAUCGGAGCAGGCGGAAAAUUCAAAGGAAAGAGUGCCGUCUCGACUGUUCUCCAACUCAUAGGCUCUUUCAUGCUCCUCUACUACCCAUUCUACGGUAUCGUCAUAUGGGAGUCAACCACCAACACUGUCAAUAACCUUUAUCUGGCCAAAAAUUCUAGUCAAAAAAGAGAGAUGGAAGUAUACCCAACGUUAGUGACAAUAGCAUCGACUCUACUCACCUGCUCACCCACGGUGAAUGGCCUACUGUACGGGAUCAAGAACAAAAUACUUCGGAAAUCCUUCCAGAACUACAUCAGGAAGAAAAUGACCAAGUGCGAGCUGAAUCAGGAGAUCCAGGCCCGGACACCGUCGGCGUGCGGCUCGCGAAGACCCAGCCUCACCCCUCUCGGGGUCCUGAGUCGGCCGCCGAACCAAAGCUCCUUCACGAGCGUGGCCAGUCAACUGGUCGCCAACAACAGCUCAUUCCUACAACGAAGACUCUCAGAAAUAUGCUUGAACUCGGCCAACAACAACAACAGCAAGGCCGUGACGAUACACAACAACCAACUAGCCUACUCGCAGAAGAACCUCUCGAGGAAGUCCAAGAUCCCACGGAUCUCGUCGACGGAAGCGACGUGGUCCCCGGUGGCCGUGUCCGACACGACUUCCGUCACCGACGAAAGAACGGAUCCCUCCGGCGGGAAGCUGAAGAAGCUGCGAACGCACAGCUGCAACAACCUCCAAAUCCCGCUCAACACAUUCCCGGAGAACUCGACGAGCCCGGGCGUGGCGCCCCCGGAGACCCGGAAACACGGCAACGGGAGCAGCUUGCUCAUCCAGAGGAUAAUCGGCGUCAAGUUCCAUCUGGGCAACGACCUCGGGUCCAAAGCGGAGCUCAAGCGCAACUCCCCGCGGAUCCUGAUAACGCGGACCCUCUCGGAGGAGAGCGACAAGCCGGAGAUGCACGGCUUCGGGAGCAACGAGAACAACUUCACGAACCGCAAGUACUCGCUAUCGACCUCGUUCCUGGAGGACAAGUCCCGGCGGGAGGCGCAGAAGGCGGUACCCGGCUCGAGCGAGGAGGACGAGAUGGAUCACCUGCGGAUCCACGAGGAUUUCGACGACGACGACUGCGAGUCGGACCAAACGCGGCGGGUGGAGCUGUCGGGGUCCUCGCCGGACUACGAGUCGCUGUCCAUGACCGAGCCGGACAAGGGCCACGAAGACAGGAGGGCGAUUCCGCCGAGUGAAGACAGGAAGGCGAUUCCGCCGUGUCUGAGUCUCGGCUUCCGGUCGGCAUCGCAGGACGGGGCCGGGCCCCCGAAACGCUACGCGAGCCCCGACUCCAAGCUGGUGCUCCAGUCGUGGCCGUGCACCAAGCGGCAGUACCACCACAUCGACGACUCGGUUAUCUUCGACGAGAGCGACGAAAGCAGCGAGAAUGAGUCCAAGAACCCCGAAUUCAAAACCAAGGUUCUCAGAAACUCCUGCAGUUUCAUGGAAUUUUCCAAGUAAACUUUCGUCGAAGAACAUCACCGCCAUGCUGAGGAAAAACACCGCAUAAACCUUCAGGCAUUGCCAAAUUUCCUUCAAUAAAACGCACAGUUUCUCGUAAACUUGCGAAUAUCCGCCUUUCGAUUUUUCAGAUGAUUUUGUUACCAGUUUCACCUACAUUUCCUGAAAAUUUCGAGUAGUAUUUAGUUAAAGUAUUCAUGGCUUUUUCAAAAAUAAACAUUUUAUCGAGGGAAAUUUGGCAACUCUCGAAUGUUCAUAUGGCGUUCUUCCUUGGCACGGCAGAUCACCACAACUUCACGCCCCAGUUCGAAUGGAUCUCGGGGAAUUUAGGGAAUUUGAAAAAGCCAGGGAAAACCUGGAAAUUUCAAGGAAGAAUGAUGGAAGCACCAAGAAAAAGUUGUCCAGUCACCUUCAUUUGCUCCUUAGAAUGGGUUUCGACGUUUUGAGUAAACAUUUUUGCCUGAAAACUAUUUCAAAUUAUGUCCUUUUAACCAUCUGGCUAAUUUUCAGUUGUCAGGGAAUUUUACCAGAAUGUGUCAGAGAAAUUGGAAAAAUUUCAGGGUAUUUCAUCUUAUAAAUUCAAUAGCAACCCUAACUGCACAAGAUGCGAAUUUAAGCACAUUUAAACACGUCUCCUUACCAAAACGGCGCGUAAAGCACGAUUUUCGCAACGAAAAUUACUGACAUUAGCUCCAUGACAGAUACCAACGUCUUUAUUUUACAUUGGUUACAAUAAUUUUGACUGUCCCACUUCACCAGCGUUAACGCGUGCAAAAUCUGAGCCGAGGCAUCGAGAUGAAGGUUGCCAUAUUUUAAUACCGCAGAGAUAGUUAGGGUUACAUUUAAUGCGCAAUUUGACUCACGUAUAACUCUGUUUUUUUUUCGUGAGAGGGAGGUUUGAUUUUAUGUAUCAAGAAACGUCCACAAUCUUUGUGAAAAAUUAAAAUCAGUAAUUUUUGUUGCCUGAAUUGCGUUAUGCGUAUUUCAAUACGAAAACAUGUGUUAGAAUGCUGGAAUUCGCACCUUGUAUUCUGGUCCAUUGAGCAAAAACCUGGACGCUGGACGGGGACGUCUCCAACCAGGAAUGCCAUACCAAUGGCGUGCCGUUCUCUGCGAUGUGUCGAUAGAUCUGCCAUUUAAACCUAUGGAAAAGGAUUGAUAAACAUGAUGAUCGCAACGAACAUCUUAACUAUCGAUUCUGUAAAAUACCUAGCUUCAGAUGGGAAAAUGUAACUGAGAUACAAGCAGUUGUGAAAACAGACCUUGGUAACUCAUCUCUAUCAUCCGAACUUGGACUUUCGUUCUACAGGUACCCAAUAAACCCCACAUCAAAUCGAAUACUUUCCAUCCUACUUACUAGAUUAGACAUAAUUUCUGCAACAUUUUGCUGUGUUGUCUUUUCCUGCCCUCUUCGUUCAAAUCGAAGGUAACUGAAUGUUUUAGGUAAGAAUUUGAUCUCGAUUUCUAGUUUUAAGUUUCUUUCGUUUUAUGAAAGAAUCCCACAGAAAAUAUUCGUUAAAUCCAUGGUUAUUUUAUUUUUAAUGAUUGUACACAUCUGAAAAAAAGAACAUUAAUUAUUGCGCUCUUUAUUUUUGUUGCCAAAAAUCUAUUUUCGGCACUUGUCUCCUUACAUUUUAUAAGCGUAUUUUCUCAGAGUAACUUUAAAACAAAUCAAGAGAUUCCAAGAAUUCCCACAAGUUCCCGUGAUAAAAAUGACCUGUACUUAGAACAGUGUAGAAAUACCAGUAAUUUUUUUUGGUACUGAGCUUAACUGAUAUCAGUGAACUCUUUUACUGACAUCAAUUGAUAGCAGUAAAUAGUAUAAUUGCUUAGUUGGCAUUUCUGCCAUGCCUAACUGGUCAUUUUCAUCAGGGAUCUCACAGUGUUCAAACAAUUAUUUUUGGUUACUAUAACUUUAGGCACAUACCCUAUAGAAUUAAAUAGUAUCUUCUCGAGGAUUCUUUGAAUUACAAUCGACCCCUUUUUAUUUGUUGAAGGAAGAUUUCCGCCAUAAGGACAAAUAGAUAUUUACGAAUUGUUACAUCAAAUUUAAAUAGAUUAUAUUUUCCUGUACAAAACUGAACAAUGACUAUUGCUGUUAAAAGUAGCUUUUCUUUUUGUAUUAGUUCCAAAUUUGUUGACAGCCAUCAAAUCAUGUAAAUAGUCUGAUUCGUGUAGGUAUAUUCACAAGAGCUGUUCCUGUACAUAAAUAUUUUUUUGAGCCUCCUAUAACCUGUUUCCUAGGCAGACCGUUAGGUAAAUCUGAACACAGGGUCAUUCUUAAUUAUUAAUGCUUAUUUUUAUUUUUGCAAGUAGGAGCCUCUGGAUUUUGUCUGAAUACAAUGAUGAGUGUGUUAAUUGUGUCGUUAAAUUGAUGAUCAAAUUUCCGUGUCCACCGUGCCGUGCUCAUUUCUGUAUGAAUUUCACUUACAAGUCCCACAAUAUGUCCAGGCUGCAUUGGUAAAAGAGUUAAAAAUUUUCAAGUCUAAAAUAUUCAAUCAGUUUUAUCCUAUGAAAAAGUGGAUGGGCAUGACACCUCUUUGACCGACUCGGAACAUAAAUUUUCCUACAUUUAACAUGCGGAUCAUAGAAAAUACGUCAACAGGAAGAGUAAGAGCUAUUUCUAAUCCAUUUCGGUUCAGUUUUUUCUCUAUAGAGUCAUCUGACCGGGGACUUUUCUUUUUGUAUGGUGAGAACCAAAACUUCUUGAGCAAUCAAGCCCAUUCGCGGUAUUUUUGAAUUUCAAGAUGUUAGCAAACCUUACGCAAAUUGAGAAUCAAAUUUUUCUGUUGGGUAAAUGAUAAAAUGAAAAUUUGAAUGAAAACUGAUUUAAUUCUUAAUCUCACACGUUCUCUCACUUUAUUACACAGAGGGAAGGUACCCAGAUUUUUAAGAAACAGAAACGACCAACAGGCACGGAAAAACUCGGGCUUAAAGGUGGGUUUUAAAGCACAUCACUAGUUGUGUACUUCCACGGCGUCUUCUCUUUCAAUUUGGGCACGGUACUUUUCAGGUAGUACAGAUCGGUCUCGGAUCCACCCAUUCUAAUUUUUGAAGGUUACACGGGUCAUCGAUCUUAUCAUUGAAAUGGAGGCCGUUUCCUUCCUGAUAUUGAUAAUUAAACCGAUUAAUGUGUUUACUUUUAUUUCUGUUGAUGGGGAUACAGACUUAAGCUCAGAGGCGACUUUAAAUGCAAAUGAAGCUCUUUAAUUUCAUUCAAUAUUAUGCUUAGUUUGUACCUUUUUUUUUCUUUUUGUCAUUAUGAUCUCUAUUUACUGUUACUUGUACACUGAAAAUUAAAGUUACCUAAAUGUCCGAAGUA